AUGUCCGGGUUAGAGAUCCCAGGCUUCAUCGUCGGAUUGAGCGGACGCAUAGCAGUUGCAGAGAAGGGUCUCGUAAUCUGGCGGAGCAUCGGCGUUGCUAACGUCUUUGGACCCAACGUUGUCGAAGAUGUCGCGAAGCUUAGCAUGGAGUACUAUCGCUUUGAGGCCUGGACAAACGCUGUCAGCUUCCUUCUUACUGCGCAAAAGCGAUCGCAGUCGAAGCCCACUGCUCUUGGAAUGCUGUCCUCUUUCCUUGAGCCAGCAGCCCCAACAACCAAUAUACACGACGCCCUGCUAAGGCAACACUAUGUCAUGUUUCGCGAAACCCAUAUUUACUCUGUCGUGAAGUUCUGCGAGUAUCGACAGGAAUUUCAACAAGAAAUGGAUAUUGAGCCUUUGACAUAUCUUCCCACUCACGAUGAUGUUGGUUCACAGCGACUUCAAGACGAUAAUCAUCUGUACGUGCCCGCCCGAAGGGCCGAUGGUACCAUCUUAGAAGGGGUUCGACAGGGGCGUUACAGCAUUGCCAUGGCUCAUAGCUUUGACUGGGGUAUCGUCUUGAAGGCCCAUCGCCCUGGUCAUACAUAUAUUGCUGAUGACCUGCGAUCUGGACCACUUUACAUGAUUGGCCUGAUCACAGAAGACGGCUGGGUCGCAAGUGCGCUCAAGGACUCUGAACAAGAAUGGAACAACACUAAUCAUCUCCUCGCACUCCCAUCACUGAAGUCUAGAAAGCAACAAUUUCCGGUCCUCGUUCAAAUUGACGUCGUUGCCCGUAUCCACGUUUGGUGUUCCGGGAAGGAGUCGGCCAAAGAGCUCAAAGCGCCAAGAGGCACGCUGAAUGCGGUAUAUCUCGAUGGGAUGCGCAGGGAAUCGCCAACGGUAUGGUGUAACAGUGAGACGUUGCAGAUAGGAAUCACUUGCUGGAGAGCGAAUCCGAUUGUCCUUCCAGUCAAAUGA